AUGGUGCUGGUGCUGGUGCUGGUGCUGGUGCUGGUGCUGGUACUGGUGCUGGUGCGGGUGCUGGAGGUGGUGGUCAAGGAGAGUGAUGGUGGUGUCGAGGCGGCGCUGGUGGUGGUGAGGGAGGUGAAGGAGAGGCUGGCAGAGAAGGUGGUGGUCGAGUUGGAUGGUUGGGACUUUUCGCCAAAGGUGGCAGAGGCCUCUCCUCAGGUCGAAGUCCUCAGGGGAGAGCUGGUCGCCCUCCUCGAGUCGGCCAACGUCUCCAAGAUUGUCCUCCGCAAUGUGCAGCACACUGGCCGGCUGCUGACCAACAAGAUGGCAAAGACGCUGGUUGGUAUCGAGGUUCAUGAGACCAUCUUCCACGAGCACGACGGUCUUGUCCUCGGCUCGCUCAUCAUCUCCUCGCCGGUCAUCGAGUCGGUCGUCUUCUCGGGCAACGACUCGUACUCCAAGGGCAUCAUUUCGCUCUGCGCCAAGCUCGGCAAGUCGCAGACGCUCAGGACGCUUGACUUUUCACACAACAACUUUAUGGGCUUUGUGGGCAACGUCAUCUCGCAGGUGGUUGAGUCGGCCAAGGCGCUGGCCCACAUCUCGCUCGCCCACAACCAGCUCCGCUCGCUCGGCGUCCGGCCUAUUGCUCGCGCCCUUGCCAACUCGACGCAGCUCAUCAGCAUCGACCUCACUGACAACCACAUCGAAAAGGCUGGCCUUGACGACCUCAUCCAGGCUGUCGAGGCUCUGCCUGCGGGCCUCCCGCUCGAGACCGUGGUCCUCGACGAGAACCCGGCGCUGAGCGCAGCGGACCUGGCUCGGCUGGCUGCAGCAAUGGGCAGCGACCGGGCGUGA